AUGUCCUCAUCACCAAACGAGUCAAAGGCUCUGUGUGACUACCUCGGGAUAGAGGAGGAGGUGGACUAUGGUAGCGAUACCAGUGUCCGCGGUGAUACAGGGACAAUGUCCGGCUCACUGAUGCCGGAGGCACAACUUUCGAACACCCCAAAUCCGUUCGCUGAACGUGGAGGUGCGAGCGCGCCACCAGCGCAGCGUGCAGCAUCUGAGUCUGAUGAGACUAUCAUCACGAACCCGCUCGAUGAGCAACAAUAUUUGCUUGUCCAAAGAGAAGAAAACGCUCAGCGUUAUGUACAAAUGGCUGCAACCCUUGAACGCCAGCGUGACUAUGUGUUCACCCCACCCAGUGUGGAGGAACGUCUACGUCAAGCGGCCGGCCAAACAUUGGUAACGUGGGUCAUUGGCCAUGGGCCUAAGACUCCUGAGGAGGUGGUGAGCUGCCAGGCACUUCGUGAGAGGUACCUGGAGCCGCACCUAACGACUAAAGUCAAUACAAAGCACGCCUUGACAUGCAAGCACGUGGUGCACCGGUUCCACCGAUCAAGGGUAUACCCAUUCUCUUGCUCGCAGGCGAAACAAGCUAGUGCCCAUGCGGCGGAUGUGCGUCUCGAACGCAAGCUUCGGUAUAAUUAUGCCAAGCUUAAGGCCAGAGGCCAAUUGCGCAAGCGCACGCGCUAUGCUUCGGCUACUAAGGUAGACGCGAGUGCUGGUCAGUCUGUGGCCAACAACCCGCCAACCCGCACCAAUAGUGGUGGGGAACGGCCUCGGUCUCGAGAUGACCAUGGCCACGAUGCUCAAAAGCCUCCAAAGCAUAUGGGCAGUCUUGCCAAAGGGGUACCUCAAAUUCCCAUGAGUUUUCAGACUCAGGGUACCCACGCCACUUUACCAGAUACUGGUAUUGGCCCUGACGACGACGUCGUUUCAGUAGUCUCUCGACAUGAAAUUGACGACACCCAUGCUCAUCGAGCAAAGUCGGUGGCGGCCGGUGUACCGGUGGAGGCCCACGAGAAAUUGGUUCUCGAAGUGAAGGGUCUUCAAGAGGCCUUGGGUAAGUCUCAGUGCAUGCUAUAUGCGAUGGAAAGCCGCCUUCAGGCGAUGGAGCAAGCUCAAACUCGGAGCGAGGCUCAGUUGGACUUGCUGAUUCGUCUACAGCAAUCCAGGGCAGUGCCCUUGACGUCGGCGCAAGCGCCUCCAAGUUCACAUGGGAAGGAUCCCGGUACGGCUUAA